AUGCUCCGACAUGCACUCCGCCCGCGCACCCUCACCUCCGCCCUCUCCCUCCGCACCCCGCUCCUCGCCCGCUCCAUGUCCCGCACCCCCACUCCCCUCUCUCCAGCAACGCCCGCCGAGAAAGACGAAGGCAGCAUCGCAUCCGUCUUCUCCUCGCUUGGAGGAGACGCAUUCGUACCGCUCGAAGCAGGGUUCGGCGAGUUGAAGAAGUCGCUGUGGACGGAUGGGUUGAUCGAGAGUUGGAGGACGGUGUUGAGCGCGCUGGAGGAGCGGACGGAGGAGAUCAAGGAGAAGGGGACGCAGAUCGUCCCGCAAGUCGACUUCCGCGACGUCCAGGCUGGCUUGUCCCCCUCGCUCAAGGACGAGAUCAAGCGCGUCGGCACCGUCGUCGUCCACGGCGCUGUCGCCGCCGCCGAAGCCGAAGGUUGGAAGCGCCAAAUCCAGUCCUACAUCGCCGAGAACCGCUCCCUCGCCCGCGGCUUCCCCGACGACAACCCCCAAGUGUGGGAGAUCUACAACUCGGUUGCGCAGACUCAGGCGAGAACGCAUCCUGGCUUGCUCGAGACGCAGAAGACGCUGCUCGGGUUCUUUCAUACGACCGACGAUUCGUCGCCUGUCUCGGUCAACACGCCUAUCAGCUAUUUCGACCGACUGAGGAUCCGCUUCCCUGGCGACUCGGUAUUUGCGCUCGGCUGUCACAUCGACGGCGGAAGUUUGGAGCGGUGGGAAGACCCAGGCUUCCGUCAGUGCUGGCGCGAGAUUCUGCGAGGCGGACCAGACCCGCACCUUCGCCACGACCCGUGGGACUUGACGCCUCGCCUGAACGCGCGAACGGACCUGUACAACGGGGCAGGCGCUUGCUCGGCGUUCCGCAUGUUCCAGGGCUGGACCGCGCUAUCGACGACUGCGCCCGGCGAAGGAACUCUACAGGUCUUCCCAGACGUCAACCUGGCUACAUCCUACCUCAUUCUCCGCCCCUUCUUCCGCGAGCGAAGAGGCCGAGAAGGCAAACUCGGCUUCGACGACUGGGAAGUCGACCUUGAUUCGACUGCGUUCCCAGGCUCCGUUAAGGGCAAAGCCCAGGAACUCUCGCACCAGACGCACCCGCACCUUCGGCUCACGGAAACAAUGGUCUCGGUUCCGCAGGUCGUGCCCGGUAGUCAGGUCUACUGGCAUUGCGACGUCAUUCACGCCGUCGAGUCCCGCCACGGCGGCAAGGCCGACUCCUCCGUCCUCUACAUCCCCGCCGCCCCUCUCACCAAACAGAACGCAACCUACCUCGCCGCCCAACGCGCCCGCUUCGAAGCUGGAAAACCAGCGCCCGACUUUCCUGGCGGCGCGGGGGAGAGCCAGUUUGUUGCAAGGGCGGGGAAGGGAGAUGUGCAUGCGGGGUCGGGAGAAGCGGGUCUCAGGGCGCUCGGAUACGCGCCUUUCGUGCCGCAGAAGGGGGAGACGGAGGGCGGGAAGCGGGUGAUCGAGGAGGCGAACAGCAUUCUUGGGUUUACUUAG